AUGCCUUAUCUAUUCAUGGUGAGCUCGUCCCCCUUUACCUUUCUCAUUGUUUUGUACGCGAUGGUUGGAGCGGCCUCCGUGCUGGGCGGCGUCUGUCGCGUCACCAUCUCGCUGGUGGCCAUCAUGCUGGAGUUAACAGGUGGCAUGACGUACAUCGUGCCUUUCAUGAUCGCCGUGCUCGUGGCCAAGCUGGUUGGCGACACCCUCAACGAAGGAAUCUACGACCUCUACAUCGUCCUGAAGGGGUACCCGUUCCUUCAAGAGGAGCUGGACGUCACGUUCAUGGAGCGUUGCUGUGACAUCAUGGACACAGGCAUUACCAAGCUGGACGUCAGCCUGCAGCCUACGAUGUCUGACUUGCUCUGGCUCAUCACCAACUUCGAGUUCCGCGGGUUCCCAGUGGUCAGCGGAGAUAGCUUCAUUGGCUACGUGAAGCGCGACCACUUGCGUGAGUUGCUCCGACAUCUGGAAGGCCUUGGGCGCCAGCCGGAGGACGUGGUACAGGAGGAGGAGUUGCUCCCCGUGAUCGACUGCACCGUCAUGCGCAUGGCACCGGACGCUCCGCUCACCCAGGCUCACCGGGUGUUCAAACAGCUGGGCUGCAAGCUCAUCUUCCUGGUGGGCUCGCAGCGGGGAGCCAAGCAGGACACGGAGGGGGGAGAUAUGGAACAGUUGACAGACGCUACAAUUUCUAUGUGCCUCAGCGUCUUCAUUUCAUCUUUUGCAUAG